AGUGCUGGAUCAGACCAGAAGAGUCUCGAUGUGACGUUGCUGUGGUUCUGACCUGGUCUGGAUCACAGAAACAUCCUGGUUUGGGUUAAAAUAACGUGUUUGAGGCUGGUGAACGUCUCAUGUUCAGAGUCAGUUUUUCAUCCUGAAGAUGAAGCUGUUUCUGAUUCUGUUUCUGAGUCCAACUCAUCCUCUCAUUUUCUGAUCCUCAGUCCAGGACUCUGUUGACCUGGAACCAGGAGGAGGAGGUGAUUACUCCCAGGAGCUUUCAUUAACAGGUAAUGGUCCUGAUGACGAAAUGUUACACACACACACACACACACAGUGGAAAAGAGGCACAGGAAGUGAGGUCACAGGAGCGGAGGCUGCUGAUUGGACGGGAGAUUCCCGGGCAGCUGCUAUAAAACCUGAUGUGAAGCCACAACAAGACAGAGAAAGAGACGACGCAGCAGGACACACACUCCUCCUCCUCACAGAGAGUCGGCUCCACACUGAAGAUGCAGUUCUGUGGCUGUUUGCUGUUCUCCGGCCUGGUGUCCGUCGCUCUGCUGCUCUGCAGCGUCGACGGCUUCAGAGUCCAACACCAAGCUCAGCACGUAGCCCGGCCCGGGUCCAGGCCCCUGGCAGCUCUCCGGCCCCGCCCCGGAGGCGUGAAGGCGGGGGAGGAGCUGACGGCGAAGCUGCUCCGAUUGGACGACCUGGUGAGGAUGGAGAAUGACGUCAUGGAGCCGAAGAGGAAGAGGAGUUUCCCCGGCAACAGCGCACCUCUGGACCGCCUGUCGGUCAGCUCCAUGGAAACCAAACAGGCGACAAAUAAGCAGAGCAAAGUGGUGGAGUUGCCACGGCGACGAGUCAAUCCUCCUCCCAUCGACAGGAUUGGCAUGAGCCGUCUACCAAACAGCCGAGGGUAGGCCCCGCCCCCCUCCCCCUGACAGCCCGCCCCCACUCUACAGCACCCCCGUCUGGACAGAUGCAUGAAACAGCCAAUCACCAACCGCCAGUCACCUGCUGAGACACGCCCACCACCUGCCAGUCACCCAUCAGUCCUCCACCUUCACUUCACCUGGACACCAACCUCCCCCCACCCCACAGCCAUGAAUGUUUGGUGCAUUCAGGUGCUGCUUGGGAAAUUCAUCACGCCUGCAGAAAAGUCAGGACCAAAGAAAAGACAAAACAAAACUGAUUUUUGUUACGAUUUUAUUUUAAUGAUCAAAUGAUGACUGAUCUGAUUUUAUGUUUACGUCCACAGCAGCAGAAAGUUAAUAAACAGAAAGACACGUUCAAAGUUCUCGUUUUGUCUC